AUGCUAAUGAACUCCUGGUGCAGCCUGGUGACCUUCAUUGUGCAUCUGAAACAGAAGGCUCAGGUGCCCCCAGAAGUAACCAUUGCUCUCCUGGCUGAAGAUGGGCACCUGGUGAGGUUGGAAGAGGGGAUGGUCCAGGCCCCUUCCAUGGCCUGUUCCCUGCUGCAGGAGCAAGGGACCUAUGUCCUGGUACAGAUCAUUAGAGGGAAAGAUGGGGCUCCCACCCACUAUGAGUCUCUACUGGACAACCUAGAUGACCAAUACCCAGAGUUAGCAGAGGAGCUGUGCUGGCUCUCCGGCUUGCCAGGCACAAGCCACAGUCAGAGAAGACGCACAGGCAUUCGGUGUGGCCACCGGGAACAAGGUCCCCCUUCAAGGUCUCGGAGGGUGACCUCCCUCCCAUCAAGAAACCGCUAG